AUGCAAAGACAUAUCUCCAUUACUGUUCUUGCUAAUUUCUUCAUCUUGUUCAUUUCUCCUCCGUUUCUUUCAGUCUCAACCGCCGCAAGCACUCCGCAAGAUCUCCUCCGUUCAUCAUGUGCACAAGCAAGAUACCCAGCUCUCUGCGUCCAAACUCUCUCCAACCAAGUCAGUCCCACAGCGAAGCCCUUAGACCUAGCUCAGGCCGCCGUUAAAGCCAGUCUCGAUCGCACUCUCAUUCUCUCCGUUUACCUCAAGAACACUCUAAAGUCAGAGGUGCCAGUUGGGUCCAAAACCAACAACAGAAAGCGAGUUGCAUUGAGUGACUGUGUUGCUCAGAUUUCCGAUUCCGUUCUUGAGUUAAACAGGACGUUGAAGGAGUUACGGAAGCUUCGCAUGGGAACGUUCGAGUGGCAAAUGAGUAACGCUCAGACAUGGGCUAGUACUGCUAUAACAAACGGUAACGCGUGCAUCAACGGUUUGAAUAGGAGUGACGCAGAAGAGAAGAUGAAGGUGGAGGUGAAACGUAAGGUUACGGAAGUAUCCAUGUUUACAAGUAACGCUCUCUACUUAAUCAUUCGUCUCGGUGAUAGCAGGAAUCCAAAGCCUCACUCCAAUUCAAAUAACUGA